CAUUCGCGCACCAUGAGCGGCGAGUCCACCAAGACCGACUAUUACAAGCUUCUCAAUGUGGACACCCACGCUUCCAUGGAGGACAUCAAGCAAGCGUACCGGAAGCUCGCUCUGCUGCACCACCCCGAUCGAAAGCUUGGACAGACAACUGAAGAAGCAUCAAACAGCUCGUACUUUCAAGAUGUCAACGAAGCAUACGACACCCUGAGCGACGUCGACGCACGAACAGCAUAUGACUUGAAGCACUACGGCAUGUCAACGUUCUCGUCGAAUUUGAAUCCAACUAUUACAGGGGCUGUCAAGGACAACGGGUACAAGCGACUGACGUCGGAUGACGUCAACCGUCUCCUUGCCAAUGCCAAUUCCAUGGAGCGCAUGACGACAGCGCACUACCAUCUCAACCGCUCGACCGUUGCACCGACCUCGAUCGGUCGUCGUUCCGUGAACUUUGAAGAGCGUAAGGCAUUCCGCAGCAAACGCACGCCGCUGCCUACGAAGAAUGCCACUAUGGCGUGGUUUGCCGUCCCUGCAGUCAUGCUCGUCGUGUGGGGUGUAGGAAUCAACUCAAUGAUGGCGAGUAGCUCCAAAGCACGACACAGCGCCAAUUAAUACAACUAAACCUCCACCUCACACACACCACAAAGACCAAAACAACAUCCACGGAGAUUUGAAUCACGACAUGAGUGUCUAUAAUGGACUCUCUAGCUUGGACAAUAGCACUUAGUACUCUUCGCCGUACUCCAUGUCUUCGCCGUCGCCUUCCUGCGUUUCCGCGCUGACUUCUUCGUAGUCCUUCUCAAGGGCUGCCAAGUCUUCGCGCGCU